UCUCCAUGGAAACAGUACACACUAAACGGAGCAGCUCCUCAACCCUUUUCUCCGGGGUUUUCUGGUCCAUCUCACGGCUCCUGGCAGCAUCUCGCGGCUCCCUCUCUGAACCGAACCACCCGAGAAAUGCAGAUGAAUCUGAGCGACGCGACGCUGAGCUCCGGUGACGGAGCGCAGACCGACUCCGCGAGGAAAGACGCUGGAUGCGAGUCUCCAACAACAGAGCAAAAACGUGAGGUUAAAAACGGCGACCUGGAAGAACCACAACGAACAGAUGGAGACGUUUCAGAACAGAAUAAGGUGGAGGAAGAUGACGGUGUGAAAAAGGCAGCACCAGAGCCCAGAAACAGCGCAGGGCACAGACACAGUGCAGGGCCCAGAGACAGCACAGGGCCCAGAAUUACUAAGGCGUUUUUAAGGGACCACUGCAACAAAACAACUGUACCUGAUGCCUUGCUGAACGACACACUGUACCUUCACUUCAAAGGUUUUUCUGCUAUCGAGGGUUUAGAGGAGUAUACAGACUUGCGCUGUCUCUGGCUUGAGUGCAACGGAAUUGAGAAAAUUGAGAACCUGCAGAACCAGACAGAGCUUCGCUGCCUGUUCCUCCAGCAAAACCUCAUUCACACUUUGGAGAAUCUUGAACCACUCAGCAAGCUUAGCACUCUCAAUGUUUCAAACAAUUAUAUAAGAGUCAUCCAGAACAUAUCAUGUUUGAGCAAGCUGUCCACACUGCAGAUCUCCCAUAAUGCAUUGGAGAGUGUACAUGACAUAGCGGAGCUCUGUUGUUGUCCGUCUAUCAGUGUUCUGGACUUGUCACACAACCGUCUCAAUGACCCAGAAAUGAUCACGAUUCUGGAGAAAAUGCCUGAUUUGAGAGUGCUGAACCUCAUGGGUAAUGAAGUUAUAAAGAAAAUUCCAAACUACAGGAAGUCACUGAUCAUUCGCCUAAAGCAACUAACAUAUCUGGAUGAUCGUCCAGUGUUUCCAAAAGAAAGGGCAUGUGCUGAGGCUUGGGCAAUAGGGGGUUCGGAAAAAGAGCGGAAAGAAAGGGAAUUCUGGCGAACAAGAGAGAGUAGGAAGAUUCAGGAGAGUCUGGAUGCUAUGACAGCUAUAAAAGACAAUGCACAAAAGCAGAGGCAAGCUCAAGAGCAGCAGGAAACAGGAGUCCCUGAGUUUCAAAGUCCUGCUGCUGAAGAGUACAACAAGCUGGACAAAUCUGCGUUAUACAUAGAGCCAAGUGACCAAUUAAAAACAGAUCAGGAGCAGGCUGACAUGUCAGUAUCAGAGAUGGAGUACGCAUAUUCUUCAGUAAGGGAUAGCAGAGAGAUGCUCUGGUCAGGCCCAGAGGAAGAGCAAACUGACCAGUUACCACAAGAGCAAGAUUUGGCUAACCCAUCAGAGGCAGAGAUGGAGCCAAUUACAUGUCAGCGAUCAGCAGUGCAUGGAAACAAAGUUUCCCAGACAGCAUCGGAAGCUGAGCAGAUUCUUCCAUCCAGAUCAGAUGCAAAUAAAGCUGUGCAACUGGCAUCUGAGAAAGAGGAGGUUUUGAAGUCAGGACCACCUCUGAAGUUAACAUCAGAGAGGAAUCUGAAGAAGAAACAUGAUGCACCUUUAUGGUCAGGAUCAGAGUCUGUGGAUCCACUCCUAAUAACUGGCACAGAUGGCCCUGUUACUGAACUUGUGCCAGAUGAUAAAAUAGAGAUCAUAGUACUACCUGACAUCCCAUCACUGACUAUCAGUGAUCUACCUGAUCUGGAGGAUGUGGAUUCAAACUGCAUGCAAACAGUGCCUCAGGCUGUCUUCCAUCCAAAACUUGAGGUCAUCUCUGCCACUGACAGUGACUUUGAACCAGAGGUGACGUUGUGUGAAGGAAUUAAAUCUGGAUUAAAGUUCCUGACCCCUUCUUUGGGAUAUGUACCAACAAUAUGUCCAUCAUAGAUCACAGUUUUCUUUUCAGCAAUGAGGCAGUACCAGUAAUGGGUCCUGAUGCCCCACCCAUUGCAAAAGAAAGCGAAAAAAACAUUACCCUGAUUGAGGAGAUGGACUGAGUCUGAUACAUUUAAUACACUCUUUGUUUAAUGACUGAAAUGUAUGAUUGUCUCAGCAGUUAUAUUUCAGUGUUAAUGACUUUUUAUAGGAAUGAUAUUCUUGUGGCAGCAGCUAUAUGCAAUUGACUGAAUAACUGAUUCAGUGAAGUUCAUAAAAUUCCAUACUUUUUAAAAUGUCCCACAUGACAUAUUUCACCACUAAUAAAAAAGACUUAAAAGCU